CAACCGCCUGAGUGAGACGAACUCGGCCAAGGAUCCAGCCAUGUCGAAGUUCGGGAAAAAGAAGGAGGCGGUGAAACCCAACAAUGUUCUCCAGGCAAAUCUGCCCGCUAAAGACCUCUGGUUUCUUUCUGGAUCAGCCUCUACUGUAAAUCCUCAGGGUGCUUCACCUGAGUCAAAGAAAGGAAAGUUUCCUAUCUGGCCAGAAUGGAGUGAAGCAGACAUCAAUGCAGAAAAAUGGGAUGCUGGAAAAGGUGGAAAGGAAAAGGAUAAAGCUGGAAGAAGCCCUGUUCUACAUGUCUUUGAAGAUCCAGAAGGAAAAAUCGAACUUCCCCCUUCGCUGAAAGUGAGUUUCUGGAAAAGACCUCAAGAAUUUUUAAUCAAUAAGGUUCCUGUAGUAGUAAAAAAUGAAAAUUGGUUUGAUCUUUUUUCACCAAAUGAACAUUUAAUGGGCAGUGAGUUGAUGAGAUGGAUAAUAAGUGAAAUAUAUGCAGUUUGGAAAUUACACAAUACAACUGCUUUAAGUGUUGAAGCUAAAACUAAUGCUAAUGAAGUACCUCCAGUUUUGUGGAAGCCAUGGGAACACAUCUACUCAUUGUGCAAAGCAAUCAAGGGGCAUAUGCCAUUGUAUAAUAGCUAUGGAAAAUAUGUGGUAAAACUCUUCUGGAUGGGAAGUUGGAGAAAGAUCAUUGUGGAUGACAGUAUACCUUUCAGUGAAGACAAUUACAUGCUGCUUCCAACUACAACAUGUGAAAUUGAACUUUGGCCACUGAUAUUAUCCAAAGCCAUCAUUAAACUAGCAAACAAUGAUAUAAAUGAGACUGGAAAAAGAGAACUAGGAGAAUUUACAAUUCUGCAUGCACUUACUGGAUGGAUACCAGAAAUUAUUCCUCUCCAAUCUGGAUAUUUGGAUAAAAUUUGGGAAUUCAUAAGAGACAUUGUGCCAGAAUUUAAGUUACCAGAAGAAUCACUUCCUGAACCCAAAGUAUCAGUUCAAGAUGCAAAAAAAGAUUUAAAGGGAUCUGAGAUAAAAAAUGAUACUAUGCCUAUAGUUAAGCAACAAGAAAAGCCAGAAAAAACUGAGAAAGCUGGGAAAGAAAAGCCAGAUCAAAAAGAAGUUGGAAAGAAGAGAAGCAAAGAUGGUGAAAAGGAUAAAUUUAAGCCAGCUUCUCAUUCUGCACGAAUGUCUGCUGACUUUCAAAGUUCUCUUCAGAUAUUUCUUGAUGGUUCUGCAACACCAUUGCAGCCACAGAUGGUGGUGUACGCUUGCUAUAUGCCUCUUUAUGUACCUGAAAAAAAGAUUUUUAUAUUAGAGAAAAUGGCUGAUUCUUCUGAAAAGUUACGACAAUAUGGUCUUUCCCACAUCUAUAGCCAUCCUGUACUGAUAACUAGAACAAGGUCGGGUCCCUUGGUGGCCCCACCAAAACCACCAUCUGUACCUCGGUGGAAACUUAUCCGCCAGAAAAAGGAAACAAUUGUAACAGAUGAACCCCAAG